AUGACCAUGCAGCCUGCAAUUCAAGUGUGGUUUGGAGAAGAUCUGCCUCUAAGUCCACGGAGUCCUCUGACCCCCAGACAUGGACCAGGGUUGGCUGAUGUUUGUCAGUAUGAUGAAUGGAUAGCUGUGAGGCAUGAAGCUACUCUGUUGCCUAUGCAAGAAGAUCUGUCUAUCUGGUUAUCUGGUCUAUUAGGUAUUGAAGUUAAGGCAGAAAGACUAUUGGAAGAACUUGAUAAUGGAGUGCUCUUAUGCCAAUUGAUUGAUGUUCUUCAAAAUAUGGUGAAAGCAUGCAACUCUGAAGAAUCAGGGAAUUUUCCAAUGAGAAAAGUGCCUUGUAAGAAAGAUGCUGCAUCAGGUUCAUUCUUUGCCAGAGACAAUACCGCCAAUUUUCUUCACUGGUGUAGAGACAUUGGGGUUGAUGAAACUUACCUCUUUGAAUCUGAAGGUUUAGUUUUACACAAAGAUCCAAGACAAGUAUAUCUUUGUCUGCUUGAAAUUGGCCGCAUUGUGUCAAGAUAUGGGGUUGAGCCACCAGUGUUAGUAAAACUUGAGAAAGAAAUUGAGUUAGAAGAGACCUUGCUUAAUACUUCUGGACCUGAAGAUUCUAUCAACAUACCAAAAUCGUGCUGUCAGCAUGAAGAGCUACAUGAAGCUGUUAAACAUAUUGCUGAAGAUCCUCCUUGUAGUUGUUCUCAUCGAUUUUCUAUUGAGUACUUAUCUGAAGGACGAUACCGACUAGGGGAUAAAAUACUCUUCAUAAGGAUGCUUCAUGGAAAACAUGUCAUGGUCCGUGUUGGAGGAGGCUGGGAUACUCUUCAAGGAUUUUUGCUUAAAUAUGAUCCAUGUCGAACAUUACAGUUUGCUACACUAGAACAAAAAAUUCUAGCAUUUCAAAAAGGAAUUUCUAAUGAAAGUAUUCCUGAUUCACCCAGCAGAACACCUCAACUUCCUGAAAUGAAUCCUUUGUCAGCAGUUAACAUGUUUCAGAAACAAAACUUAAAGCCUAGCGCGCUAGUUGGUAUUCCAAGGAGCAAGGAAAAGCAGGUUCACCCAACAGGUGUAUUGCUGCCUGCUUCUUCAUUAAAAGGUAAUACAGGCUCCAUGUCAGUCCGUUCGAAAUUUCCAGAUUCUUCAGCAUCUUCUCAUCUCAAGCUCAAGUCUUCAAAAGGUGUAACAAAGAAACCACUUGCUCCUUCAAACAAUGUUUCAUCUUCCCUUGCUUCUUUAAGUCCUGUAGAUAAAAACACUUCUUCACCACCUUUAUCAAGAACUGGACCUUGUGUAUCUGAGUCAGUGAGAAAAUGUGUCACAUCCCCCAAAAAGGUCAAGGCUCUUCCCUGCCAGAAAUCUACAGGUGUUCUUGAGCCUAAACUUUUGCCAAAUAAGUGUUCUGGAAAAACUCAAUCAAGGUACUUGAAACACAGUCACAUUUCUUCUAGGGAUGAUGCAUUAUUUCACUCACCUGCACCUGUAAGUUCAUCAAAGUGUCCACAGUUACCAAAAGCAAAUAUACAGGUAAGGCCUAAACCUUCUCCUUCUUUUCAGUCCCCUAGAAAAAUGGCAAAACCCAGUUCUAAAACCACAGCUACAGAUCUAGGAACACAGACUGAAGCAUCUAAUGGAAGCCUACAAACAGGGGCAAUCCCAGCACAGAAACUUAAAUCUGCCUUGAAUUUAAAUCAACCAGUUUCUGUAUCUUCAGUUUGUCCUGCAAAAGCUACACAAGAAUUGAAAGAUAAGAAGAUAGUUUCAGGUGCCAAAAAGCAGCCUCAGAAUAAAAGUACAUGCCAGAAGACAGGAUCCAGCUCCUCAAAGUCUCCUGGUCGUACUCCACUGUCCAUUGUGAGUCUUCCCCAGUCUGCUGCCAAAACACAAAUUGCACCAAAGUCAGCACACCCUGCCCCUAAGGGCCAGUAUUCAGCUAAAGGGCCUCCAAAGAGUGGCAAACCCCAAGCUUCAACCAGGAAACCACCCUCAUCUGGUAAGGGAACAGAUAGUGGAGAAAAAAAACCUACUACAAAGAAAAAGGAGGAUGAUGACCAUUAUUUUGUUAUGACUGGAAGUAAGAAACCUAGAAAAUAA